AUGGCUCAAGUCAUAGCCAGAAUACCUCUAAACUACCGGACUUUUGAGGAGAAUGUCGGAUUUUCAGACGAUCCGGCAUAUUUUACUGACAUUGUUUUCGGAUUUUUGGAAGAACAAGAAGGGUCAUCUGAGAGUUCAUGUGGGUCAGGUGAUUAUAUUGAGGAGGAUGAAGAUGAGAUUAGUCUUUGUAAUAUUGAAGAGAAUAAAAAAUUUUGGGAUACACAAAACCAGCUUCUUCAGGCAACAUUGUAUAGGACAAGUUCUCUUGAGGCCAAAAUUCGUCAAGCUACAAAAGUUACUCUGAAGGAAAUUGAUGGGGUUGGCAUGUAUUGUUUGUGUGGGAAAUCGGUGGCCGGAGCUUGCCGGGAUUGCUUGCAAAGAGAAAUUUCAAUCCGGCUUCAAAAUGAAGGUUAUAAUUGUGCCAUUUGCAAGUCUAAGUGGAAGAGAUCUGAAGGCAUCCCUUCAGGGGAACACACUUUUUUGGAAGUGGUGGAGAAAUUGAAUUCAAAGAAAGGAGAGGUGAGAGUGGUGAUUGAGUUGAAUUUUCGAGCCGAAUUCGAGAUGGCGAAAGCAAAUGAAGAAUACAAUCACCUAAUUAACCAGUUACCAGAAGUAUUUGUAGGCAAAGCAGAAAGGCUAAAAGCCUUGAUCAAAAUACUAUGUUCAGCAGCUAAAAAGUGCAUGAAGGAGAAGAAGAUGCACUUGGGUCCAUGGAGGAAGCACAAAUAUAUGCAAUCUAAGUGGGUCGGCACAUGUGAGAGAACAACACCGGCACCGUUGCCUGAGGGACUUUCGGACCGGCCGGCAAAGCCUAGGGCAUCCAUGUUAACUUAUGAUUUACUGGAGAAUUUGCCUGUCUUUCAUCGUACAGCAGUACGAGUUUUGUGA